AUGACGAUGCUGGGGCAGGCCCAGGCGCAGCCGGCGGCGGCGUUCGGCGACACCACGCUGACCAAGGUGUUCGUGGGCGGGCUGGCGUGGGAGACGCACAAGGACACCCUCCGCGAGCACUUCGAGCGCUUCGGCGACAUCCUCGAGGCCGUCAUCAUCUCCGACAAGCUCACCGGCCGCUCCAAGGGCUACGGCUUCGUGACGUUCAAGGAGGCGGACGCGGCCAAGAAGGCGUGCGAGGACGGCACCCCGGUCAUCAACGGCCGCCGCGCCAACUGCAACCUGGCCUCCCUCGGCGCCAAGCCGCGGCCCCAGCCGCCGCACCUCCUCCGCCCCUCGCCGCCGACCACCCCGGCGCCGCACCACAUGCCCGCGCUCCCGUCCCCUCACCACCAGCCCGCGCCAGCCAUCGCGGUGGGGUCCAGGGGCGUGUCGCCGGUGCCGUGGUACUACCACCCUUCCACGACGCCGCCGCCGCCGCCGCAGGCCGCGCACUACGGCCACGGCGCUCACCAGCAGUACCACGGCGUCCUCCCGUUCUACCCCGCCACCGCCAACUACGGCUACUCCCCAAACUACGUCACUGACCUGAGCUACAACGCGAAGCUGGGCCAAGCGGCGGCAGCGGCGCCAGGCGCGGGCGGGUCCUACAUGCAGCCGCAGGGGCACUUCUCGUACCCGGCGGCGGCGGCGCAGGGAGGCAUGCUCGCGCCCAACGGCAUGAUGCCCGUGUACCCCUACUACCACUAUCAUCACUACCACCACGGCUCGCAGGGGCUGGGCGUCCCGGCCGCGCGCUUCUUCCCGCCGGUCUCCGCCGCCGUGCCCACCGUUCCCGCCAUCAUCUCCAAGCCCACCGUCAUGGUGCCUCCCAAAGGUAACCAACUUGAGUGGAGCAGGUGGCUGGGUGCAGCUGAAGGCACGGUGACGGUGCGAGGAAUUAGAAGGAGGCCAGAGGUGCUCGCCCGAUCGAGAUCUGUCUGA